GGUGCGGCCUGGGAGAGUCGGAAGCGCGGCGCGGCGGGGCGAGGCGGUAGCAGCGGGCCAUGCAGGACGCGGAGAACGUGGCGGCGCCCGAGGCGGCCGAGCAGCGGGCUGAGCCCGGGCAGCAGCAGGAGCAGCAGCCGGCCGCCGAGCCGCCGCCGGGGGAGGAGCCGCCGCGACCCGGGGGACCUGGCGCGCAGGAGGCGGCGAGCGGCGAGGACGCGGCUGCGGAGGUCGAGGCCGGGCCGGGGCCUGACGUGCCUGCCGAGCCCGCGGCCGGCCGGGAGGAAGCGGCCGGCGCCGCCCCCGGGUCGUCCCCGCCGCCGCCCGAGGAGUCCCUCGCUCCCGUCCCGGCCGCGGGCGAGGCCCUGGGGGAGCAGGCCCGGGACGCGGCGGCCGAGGCUCGGUCCGAGGGGGCGGGCGAGCAGCCCGGCGGCGCGGCGGAGGACGGCGGCGCGGACGAGCCUUCCUUCAGCGACCCCGAGGACUUCGUGGACGACGUGAGCGAGGAAGAAUUGCUGGGAGAUAUCCUCAAAGAUCGGCCCCAGGAAGCAGACGGCAUCGAUUCGGUGAUCGUGGUCGACAAUGUUCCUCAGGUGGGACCUGACCGUCUGGAGAAACUCAAAAAUGUCAUCCAUAAGAUCUUUUCCAAGUUUGGGAAAAUCACGAAUGAUUUUUAUCCAGAGGAGGAUGGAAAGACAAAAGGGUAUAUUUUCCUGGAGUACGCGUCCCCUGCCCACGCCGUGGAUGCCGUGAAGAACGCCGACGGCUACAAGCUCGACAAGCAGCACACGUUCAGAGUCAACCUCUUCACCGACUUUGACAAGUACAUGACAAUCAGUGAUGAAUGGGACAUUCCAGAGAAACAACCUUUCAAAGACUUGGGGAAUUUACGUUACUGGCUUGAAGAGGCAGAGUGCAGGGACCAGUAUAGUGUGAUUUUUGAGAGUGGAGACCGUACAUCCAUAUUCUGGAACGACGUGAAGGAUCCCGUCUCCAUCGAAGAGCGGGCGAGAUGGACAGAGACAUACGUGCGCUGGUCUCCGAAGGGCACCUACCUGGCGACCUUCCAUCAGCGAGGCAUUGCUCUCUGGGGGGGAGAGAAGUUCAAACAGAUUCAGAGGUUCAGCCACCAGGGGGUUCAGCUGAUCGAUUUCUCCCCGUGUGAAAGGUACCUGGUGACCUUCAGCCCCCUGAUGGACACUCAGGACGACCCUCAGGCCAUCAUCAUCUGGGACAUCCUAACUGGCCAGAAGAAGAGAGGCUUUCACUGUGAAAGCUCAGCCCACUGGCCCAUUUUUAAGUGGAGUCAUGACGGUAAAUUCUUUGCCAGAAUGACGCUCGACACUCUCAGCAUCUAUGAAACCCCUUCCAUGGGUCUCUUGGACAAGAAGAGCCUGAAGAUCUCCGGCAUCAAAGACUUCUCUUGGUCUCCCGGUGGUAACAUAAUCGCCUUCUGGGUGCCUGAAGACAAAGACAUCCCCGCCAGGGUAACCCUGAUGCAGCUUCCUACCAGGCAGGAGAUCAGAGUUAGGAAUCUGUUCAAUGUCGUGGAUUGCAAGCUACACUGGCAGAAGAACGGGGAUUACCUGUGUGUUAAAGUCGAUAGGACUCCCAAAGGCACGCAGGGUGUUGUCACAAAUUUCGAAAUUUUCCGAAUGAGGGAAAAACAGGUACCUGUUGAUGUGGUCGAAAUGAAAGAAACCAUCAUCGCCUUUGCCUGGGAGCCCAACGGGAGUAAGUUUGCUGUGCUGCACGGGGAGGCUCCUCGAAUAUCGGUUUCCUUCUACCACGUGAAGAGCAACGGGAAGAUCGAGCUCAUCAAAAUGUUUGAUAAACAGCAGGCGAAUACCAUCUUUUGGAGUCCCCAAGGACAGUUUGUGGUGCUGGCAGGUCUGAGGAGUAUGAAUGGUGCCUUGGCAUUUGUUGACACUUCCGACUGCACGGUCAUGAACAUUGCAGAACACUACAUGGCCUCCGACGUGGAGUGGGAUCCUACCGGGCGUUACGUCGUCACCUCCGUGUCCUGGUGGAGCCAUAAGGUGGACAAUGCUUACUGGCUGUGGACCUUCCAAGGCCGCCUUUUGCAGAAGAACAACAAGGAUCGCUUCUGCCAGCUGCUGUGGAGACCCCGGCCCCCAACACUGCUGAGCCAGGAGCAGAUAAAGCAAAUUAAAAAGGAUCUGAAGAAAUACUCCAAGAUCUUUGAACAGAAGGAUCGUCUGAGUCAGUCCAAAGCCUCCAAGGAAUUAGUAGAGAGAAGACGAACCAUGAUGGAGGAUUUCCGGAAAUACCGGAAAAUGGCCCAAGAGCUCUAUAUGGAGCAGAAAAACGAACGUCUCGAAUUGCGAGGAGGCGUGGACACUGAUGAGCUGGACAGCAACGUGGAUGACUGGGAGGAGGAGACCAUCGAGUUCUUUGUCACAGAAGAAAUCAUUCCUCUUGGAAAUCAGGAGUGAGCCGAGAGCACUGUGUCUUGCUACCCAUCGGUGCCUUGUGAAAUUGCGGUUUCUUCCACCUCUUUCUUUUUGUCCCCUUGGAAGCUGAAGUGUAGUUUGAAAAGCAGCGAAGCCUGCAGCAGGCGCACUUGGAAUUCACGGCAGUGACAUGUGCAAACCUCAGCGUUUGGGAUUGGAGCAGGAGCUGUCACCUGUGGGCAGAAGACAGGCGGAUGCCGCCCCUGCGGCCCAGUCAGCUGGUGCCCAGGCGGUCCUUGUCCUGCGGGGUUCCAGGGACAGUGGCGGUGGCGGGCUGCCCACUGCAGGCUCAUCCUCACGAAGGCCCCGGCGGCUCAGGGUCCCCCGGGUGAGGCGGGCAUUCCGCGCUGCCCCUUUCUCGUGAGCCUUAAAUCCCCCCAUCCGCUUUCUCCACAGUCCUUCUGGUUGCGGGCCUGCCGUUAGCGCGUCCCCGUGAGUGCCCGUUUUACGGUGCUUCUCGUUGCUCUCCUCUUUUCUCAGCUUGAGUGUGCCAAGACCUAGUUUUUCUAAUUUCAUGGCAGUAAGAAGAAGAGGCACACGGUUCUAUCAUAUUCACAGGUUUUUAACAGAGCUUUCAAAAACUUUUCCCUGUUUGAAACUUGCUAGUUGUAAUUGUUUUAUCUGAUUUGUAAAUAAAAGGAUUUCUGAAACAC